AGAUAGAGAGAGCCAGCGCCAUCAACCUCUACGUCUCGCCCAUAAUUAUAUCUUCACCCAGCGGUAAUUGCUGUCCUCGCCCUAUAAUAAUCCGGUAGGGGGUUGUUCCCUCCACGCUUGCUCUCCUCGUGGGCGGAAAUGGCGGACGAGUUCGACGCCGCGGCCGCCGGCUUCUGGCUCCCGGACGAGUUCCUCGACGACGACUUCUUCGCCGACGAGAAGGCCGCCGCCGCGGCCGCCGCCGCCGCCAGGAGCGACAGCGACGAGGAGGACGCGCUCGUCGGCGGCCUCUCCCGCCGCAUGGCCGGCCUCGACUGCGACGGCGCCAUUGCUAACAAGGGGGAGGUCGUGGCCGGGUCUCCGCAGUCCACGCUCUGCGGCCUGCACGCCUCCGGGGAGGACAGCCCCACCGGCGCCGCCUCGCAGGUCAGCUCCCCGCCCUCGUCCCCGCUCGACAAGCAGCCCGCCGACCCGUGGGACCUGCUGCACGAGGCCGCCGGCCAGGUGGCCCGCCUGCCGCCCACCACCGGCAGCAUCCCCGUCCCCAAGCCCAACGCCGCCGUCGCGCCGCCGCCGCCGAAGCACGCCGCGCCGCUGCUCCCCGCCCCGAAGCCCGCCACCACCGGCAGCAACUACCAGUACACCUCGCACGCCCAGCGCCAGGCGCAAAUCGCUCGCUUCCACCUCCUGAAGCAGCAGCAGGUGAUGAAGCACCAGCAGCUGGCCAUGGCCAUGGCGUGGGGCGGCGCCGCCAACGACUACUCGCCGCUCGGCCUGGGCCCGUCCGCCUGGCCGCCGCUGCAGAAGCAGGCCCCGAACCAGCCCCCCGCGCCCGCCUCCACCAACGCCGGCAUGCGCGCCGUGUUCCUCACCCCGCCCGGGGCCAAGCGCGAGUGCGCCGGCACCGGCGUCUUCAUACCGCGCCAGGCCGGCGCACCCGCCGAGCCCAGGAAGAAACAAGGCUGCUCCAGCGUUCUCCUCCCGGCGCGCGUCGUCCAGGCGCUCAACCUCAAUGUCGAGGACCUCGGCGCACGGCCCUGCUACCCCGGCGGAUUCGUCGUAGAUCACGAGGCACUGGUGAACCGGAGCAACGCGAUGCAGGCGAGCCAGAGGCGCGAGCAGAACAAUGUCAAUGCUCCAGCAGCGGCGGCCGCGGCGCAUUCUCCGCCGCUCGCCGUGGCCUGCGAGGUCAAUCUGCCUCAGGAGUGGACGUACUGAGAUGCGAAUUGCGUCUCAGCCAACAUGCAUCUUCUGAUCUCUCCACCCCGGUUACUAUAAUAUCUAAGAAGCAUAUUUACAAUUAUUAUUGUUAGCACCGCUAGGUAGAUGUUAGCUAGAGGUAGGAGAAAUGAGCAGCAGCGUUAGGUGUUCUUUUGUGUGGUGAUAUAUUGGUUGGUUAUUUUGGACCUGGAUGGAUGGGUGCAGACGAACAGAUCGGAGGAAGAUAAUCCAUGGGAUCCGCAGGUUGUUGGGGGUGUGCGAGUUUGGGAAGGAAAUAAGUAAUAAGUGGUUCUUAUGAUGAAUAAUUUGGGAGUAGCUAUUUUUAGUUGUGUAAGCCAUGAUUGGGAGCAUAUCAUCACAUAAGUUUGGGAAGGUGUCGCUGUAAGAAAGAAAUAAGAGCUUCAUUGUUUCCAUUAGCGCUUGGGAGGAUUAGCUUUGUGGCAGCUCCACUCUUUUGUAGCCUUUUCGGCGUCUGUUGCUUCAUGAAUAAGGAACCCUCUCUUUGAUAA